AUGCAGCUCCUCAAGGGCCUUUUCGUCGCCGCCGUGCUCUGCAUGGCCACGGUUAGCGCCGGCAACCAGCAGCAGCAUCAGCAGGAGCAGAACAACGGCAACCAGUACCAGGUCGAGUCGGACUCGGGCUCCAGUGAAUCGGACGACGGCGCCACCCAGCAGGGUUUCAACGUGCACCACGUCAACUUCGCGGCCAGCAACCCCGAAGAGGAGAAGGGCGAGGAGAAGGAAUCCUCGUCCAGCGCCGUGCCCCUCAUCGCGGCCGUGGGCGCCUGCGCCUGCAUCGGCGUGCUCGGCGCCGUGUACCUCAAGCGAAGGAAGGAUGACGACAAGCUCCCGGGCGAGAUCUUCACCAUCGACGACAAGAACUCGGUGCUGUAA